AUGGUCGCCUCUCCAGAGACCCUGCAAGCACCGUAUGAGCUCGCAUGCAAAUACCUGAACCAGCAUCAAGACCCGAAACGCUUUGGGAUAAAACAUUACUCUGUGAGGGAUAAGCUUAUUAGGCAGAACAGUCGCCUCUACACAUGGGGCCGCGCCAACGGGUUCCCUCUCAUGCCAGAUUUUCCUACACUCAGCGAGUUCCAUCCUCUGCUGCAAGACGAGGAUAUGCAUACUCAGGUUAAAGAUAUUCUCGAGCAUAUCGUUCAUUUGCAUAUCUCGGGGCCGUCACAGUUCAUACCAAGCAAGGAAGAGCAACCGCUGGUGGAAAAGUUCAGUUUGAAGGACCUUAUCUGGCGCAGGGGCAGGCCAAUUCGAAGGCCAAGGAAAGACAUCGAGCAACUAACUGUCUUGGCGGACGAGCUUGCGAGCUUGAUCACCAAACUAGAAUUGUUAUGCCCCGGGUCCCAGGUCUCAUGGGUGACAGCUGAUGUAACUGUUGUCGACUGGUCUCUUAUUUGCUCUAUGGCCGAAGAAAAUCCAAACUCCAAGCCAGAAAAAUAUUGA